UUGUUGCCAAUUUCUGAUAAAUAGUCUAAUACAGUAUUUAUUAGCUUUAAAUCACGGGUCAUUACUAAUUUUAGUCGUAAAACUGAAGUAAUUAAGUCAGUCGGGGUGUCCCAUGUGUGUUUUUCCUCCCCGCGGUUCACUGUAGGAAGAGGAGCCCAAACGGACGGAUCGUUCACGGGUCGCGCACUAAAGACAGCGGCCACCGUCCGCGCUGCCGGAGUCCGACACCGAGUCGUGAGGUGAGCGGCCAGAACAGCCCCCCCCCCACCCUGCAGCUCUCGGUUGCUAUGGAUGCCUGUGCCCGAAUUAGAGGAGUGCCAGUAAGGUCCCGGGCCUCGGUCCGGAAAGAGACUGUGCGUGACGGCGGGGCGCAGUGUGUGAAGAGCCUCUUCAGGAACAAAAAGGAGCUGUGCGGCGUUGGCCUAGAGCUGCCGACCAGAGACGCCACGAGACUGACAGAGAUCCAUUUUGUGUGUCUGCCUGGUCAGUGUGAAGGGGACGACGUCACCCAACAGGCUCUGACCUCUCUGCCUGCCGGGCUGUGCGAGCUCCUCAGGUCGCUCCACGUCCACGGCCUCAAGAACGAUGAGGUUCUGCUGCUCAAAGACUCCCGCAGGCCGGCGGAGCACAGAGACGCCGGGCCUCAGUGUUGGUUGAAGGCUGUGUGUGUGCUGAGGCAUAAUCCCGGCGCUAGCGUCUACCCUCAGGCCAGCGUGGCGUCUUUGCUCGGCCUGCUGGGCUGCUACAUGGCAGGUGUCCGCUACGCUCUGGAGCUCCAGGCGCUUCAGAGGGGAACAGCUGAGCCCAGCCAGCCGGAGGAAGACGACACCAACCAGUCGGUCUCGUCGAUCGAGGACGACUUCGUCACGGCCCUGGAGCAUCUGGAGGAGGAUGACGCAGGAGACAAUCCCUCUGCUGCUUCCUAUCGUCAUUUUAAAAAGCGCGACGUGGCAUCACAGACGGUCCCGGCCCACAAGAGGAGGAAAGAACUGUCCGGCUCUCGCGUCAUCAUCAGCUCGUCCUCGAAGAAGUGUUCGGCCAAACACAGGUCGGGUCCAGACGUGUCGGUCACAGUGCAGAGGUCGUCAGCUGUAGAAUCCCAGUGGACUUACUGCAGCCCCGGAGCUCGCCUCCCCUCGCCGUUAAUCCAUGUCAGUGAAUCGGAAGAGUCGGACUGCUCCAGCCCCAGUCCGAUCAUUUUCCUGGACGAGGUGGGCUACCAGAAGAGUCUGCUGGCCAAGCUGGACAUCCCUCAGGUGCCGGGGGGGCCCAGAGAGCGAGUGGAAGACUCAGACUCUGAAGUCAGUGAAUUCUUUGACAGUUUUGACCAGUUUGAUGACUUGGAGGAGCUGAGCUCCGAGAGCUGCACUCUGGCGCUGCCUCUGGACACCAUCAGUGCCACAACCACCCAGAAGAAGUCGGCUGAGUCCAGCGGCAGGGGCUCAGCUUCCAAAUACGUCUCUAGGGGCUGCUCAACCAAGGGGAUGAAUCCUCACCGCUUCGACCAGCCCGUUCUCCCAGCCAAUGUGAAAAAACCCACUCCCCUGAAGCCAGGCUCUCCCUACUCACUUCACUCUGAGGUGCCUGACUCCCCUCGCCCGGUGCAGACCCCCUCUGAGGAGAACGGCGGCCCGCUCUUCAGUCCUGUGAGCUCCUCAGCCUUCAGCCCUCUGGUUGACUCUAGUGGACCUCUGGAAUACUUUUGGAAGACAGAGGAGGACGAGCAGGACGAGCAGGACGGCUCAGAGCUGCGUAAACCCCAGGAUCUCUGCUCUCUGUAUAAGACCUACUCAGACUUUGCCAGCAGUCUGUCCAAAGAGAUCCUGGGCUCCGUGUGCGGCUACCAGUCUGCCGUGGACAUCAGCGACAACAAGAACCUCAGCUGCGUCUGCCACAAGGAGUUCACGAACCCCUCGGGUUACCUGAUGAAGCUCUCAGAGAUACAGGAGACUGUGACGGUGGACAAGCUGCAGAAGAAGUCCCAGUCUCUGAAGGACGGCAUCCAGAGGUUCGCCACUGACCUGGUGGAGAUGAGCCUGGGCAGCGCCCUGCGAGACCUCCAAAAAGGCGUUUCCUCCUGCACCACCACCUUGUGCCACUUAGCUGCGAGACUCACCUCGUCCGUGUUUCAGAUGGCCUUCCAUGAGAUCGGCAUGCGCCACGCCUACGUGCUGAAGGAGCGAGCGAUCAAUGGAUUAGCUGGCUUCCUGGUGGGAGAGGCUGUGUCCGGAGCGCUGAAGGAGUUCCUGACGGUGAAAAAGCAGAUUUUCCACAGCACGGUGACACGUUUCGCCGCCGAUCUGGCCGAAGAGCUCGUGUUUGAAGGCAUCAUGGAGGUGUGUCAGUUCUCCCACCCCUCGACGCCUCUCACCCCCAGUGAUUGGUCCUUUGGCAACAAGCAAGAGGAAGAGGAGGAGGAGGAGGUGGUUUCCUCCUAUGCUUCAGACCUGUCUGAGUCUGUUAUCCAGGAGGCCUUCAUAGAGCUGUCUCAGGCCGACGUCGCCUUCACCAGCCAAGCGGCGAUCAGCGUGUCUCUGGACAACAUCUGCUACGUCAGCUCAGAGAACAGCAGCACUCGCACCUGCAGCACCUUUACCAACCAGCAGGUGUUGAGCUCCAGCUCGGCCACAGCGGCGCCUCCGGGACCCUCAGGAGAGGACGCAUCCUGCACGGUGAAGAAAGCCCUGUUCACCGUGUCGGGCAUGGCCAGCUGUAUUCCUGUGCCCCAGGCGGGUCAAGCCCUCUCCCACCUCCAGGAUCCCGAGGAGACCUGUUCCUCAGAUACCCCGCAGUCCAGCCCCAAACGAGUGCCUGUAUCCUCCCCUGACGCCACCACAUCUACACAAACUCACCUGUACAGUCACGGCACUCAGACCCCCACACCUGGAGGAGCUCCCUCCCAAGGAAAGUCCCCAUUCCAAAACUUCUCCGGCAACAUGGUGGAUAUGAUAGUGACCGAGGCCUGCGAGCUGAUAACAGCCUCUAAGAUGAAGAAGAGUUUCGGCGACUGCGCCGACUUCUUUACAAAGACAGUCGGAAGCAGAAGGGGAUCUUGUUCCAAGCAGGAGGCGGCGAACUAUGAGGCUCCAGACUCGCCAUCGAAGCAGGGAGCUGGCAGGGAGUGUUUCAGAUACGACUGCAGAGACUCUGGGUUUGUGAGGAAGGUGCUCCACGUUGAGCAAAUAACAACAGACCCCGGCGUUCCUCACAUUUCCUUUCACACAGACUCUCAAAGCCAGAGGAGAGCCAGCUGUGACUUAGAUCCGAGGAACAGAGGUGUGGUGGAAACACAUCCGGUAACCAUGCAGACGCUGGACGUGCCGGGCGCCGAGGUGGGCGGGCAGAGGAGGAUAUCUGUUCCCGCCGAUGACUCGAGUCCGAGCUCCGGGCAAAAAUCUGGCGGGACUCCCGGCACUCCUCCGUCCACCCCUCAGCAGCCCAGUGAGGUGUCCAAGGAGAAGCAGAUAAAACAGUUCUCCAAGAAGCUGAAGAGCAAGUUGGCCAAGGAGUUCUCCCCUGCUACCCCCCCUCCCACCCCUCACUAUCAGCCCGAGCCUGGCCCGGGCCCGAAAGACGUCACCCCUGAGGCCGACAAGGCUGAGUUCAUGCUCAAGCUGAUGAGGUCUCUCUCCGAGGAGGCCGACAGCAACGAGGAAGAAGAGGAGGAAGAACUGGCAGAGGAGGAAGGUGCUAACAGAUGUUCAGAGGCGGCGGGAGGCCGGCAUGAACUGCACCACGUGUCCGCUCGCAGAAUGUCCAACAAAGAAGCUCUCCACUACGCCGAGCGGCUAGCUUGUCACAUUGUCUCCAUGGCGACAGAGAUGGACACCCUGGGAGUGGCGGAGGAAGGGGAGGAGGAGGAGGAAGGGGGAGAGGUGAGAAAAGGCGGCGAGAGGAGGAGAGACAGCGUGGCUCAGUUCUCGGAGCAGACGCUCAACACCUUGUGGGUGUACGCCGGCGAGGUGGCGGGGGAGGUGAUCAACGAUGUGAAGAGGAUGGUGAGCUCCGGACAGCAGUGUCCGUACCACAGAGCUCUCAGGAGACGCAGCCUGGACAGAUCUAAUUCUGACUGUUUGCAUCACCACCGACACCACCAGUCCCAACCCAGCACAGACCAGAGCAGAGACUGGAGGGUGGGGCGGCUGGCCGAGCAGUGGUCCAACGACCUGAUAGCCUCCGUGUUUCGCUCUCCCGCCUCCACCUCGAGCACCGUCUCCAGCUCCAGCUCCGGCCUGUCCUCCGAGUAUCCCAGCUGUGAGAGCGUGACGGACGAAUAUGCUGGCUACCUGAUCAGGGUGCUGAAAAAGGAGGGAGGUAGUAGGGAGCUGGUCCUGGAUCAGUACGCCAGCCGUUUGGCCUACCGCUCCAUAAAACAGGGCUUGGCUCACGCCGGUCGUAAGAUCAAACAGAGAUCCUCCAGCACCCGCCUCCACUCCUCCAAGUCACUGCCGGACGAGUGGAGAGCGUCAGGCAGCGAGGCCUCGUCUCCCAAGGACAGAGCGGAGUCGGGGGUGUGUCCCUCGGGCGAGGACGCUCAGUGCUGCUGCAGGGACUCGGAGGAGCAGAGUCAGAGGGAGUACAUGGACCUGGUCAACUUUGCAGAGUCUUUAGCGUACAACAUCACCUGCGAUGUCACACGCAAGCUGCAUCUUUCCUCUGUGCGGCUGCCCAAGUCUCUCACUGACUCCUGCCUUUAUAAGAAAUCCAAACUGGAGGACAUGGCGGAGAGUCUCAUCAGGAACUCCUUCUCCUGCCCCCUGUUGUCCAAGGAGGGGAAGAGCAGGCAUUACCACAGCACAGGCAGCCUGUAUGACGGAGGCUACAGCAGCAGGGUGAUGCAGGUCAUCGAGCAUUACGCCGGGAAAAUAGUUGACGACACUUUGAAGAUGAGCCUGGCUUCGGUCGGACAUUCGUCCCGGGAACAUCAGAGGACCCAAGGUCAUGACAGACACUCUCACGCCCAGCGGCUGUCCGAGGGGCCGGCGGCGGGCCAAGCUUUGGGGGAGAGGACGUGCCGGUACUGUCAGGUCCAGGAGUGUCCGUACUGCAGCAAACACAGCCGGCACCGCCAGUCUGUAAUACAGAGGAGGAAGAGGGCGGACUGUCAGGCGAGGACGGAGCGGCUCCCCGGCCUGGACAUCCCGAAGAUCCACAUCGACCUGGACCACAGGGCGGCGUUCGCGGAGGAGAUGGUCUCCAUGGCGAUGGAGACGGCUAAACGCGAGCUGAGCAACACCAGCCUCAACGCCGACAGCGGCAUCGGUCACGAUGGCACCAGCUACGCCGAGAGUCUGACCGCUGAGAUCAUGACGUCGGCGCUGUCCAACGUCUGCCAGGCGGCCAACGUCAGCUCUCCGGGGAGGGAAGCCACUGAGUCCACCGUGUCUCAGCAGCUGAGUGUGGGAGACGACAGUCUGGGCAGCUGGUCUAACCUGAGCUUUGAGGACGAGCACCUCGACGACAACAGCAGCUUCCUCCACCUCAGUGACAGCAAUGGGAACAGCAGCAGCUGGAGCAGUCUGGGCCUGGAGGGGGAGGCGUGUGAGGAGCGCAUGUCCUUCUCCCCCUCUGACAGUGACAACACAGAGGACAAGGAGACUGAGGUCAGAGAGGAGUCCAGUGGGACGCUCUGCGUGGACCGGACCCAGCUGCUCACUCCCAGGACGGCGCUGGUCAUCGCGAACUCGGACAUCAGGGAGCCCGGGCGCGGCCCUCAGCACGUGACCCUCGACCCUCAGCUCAGGAGCCUCCUGCAGUGGGCGGCAGCCUCCAUGGCCGACAUUCCCCAGAUCCAGCUGAGUCCUGACAGAGAGCUGCAGCAGCUCCCAGCCGUGGUCCAAAGGCUUCGGGAGAGGAGGUGGAGGGUGGGAGAGCUGCUGCACACGCUGCUGCGCUACUGUGAAGAGAGCCAGGCGCUCCACGGCCCGCCCCAGGCCAGAGAGGAGGCACUGCAGGCGGGCAGAGAGCCGCACCGUGUCCCCCUGUUCCAGUGGCUCCUGGAGCACGCCUAGGUCCUCUCCUUUUCUCCUCUCCUUGUCUCCUUGUCUCCUCUCCUCUCCUCUCCUCUCCUCUCCUUUCCUUUUCUCCUCUCUUCCUCUCCUUGUCUCCUCUCCUCUCCUUUCCUUUUUCUCCUCCUCUCCUCUCAGUUCCAAACAGGGCUUUGCAAAACUCCGCGGCCCCUAGAGGGCGCCAAAACAGAAAUCAGCUGAUCCAACUCACUCUGAUGAAUGUGAGCGGCGUGUGUUUUUGCAUUGACGCAGACUUCUUCUGUUGUAUUUUGUUUUUCUUUCCAAGCGUCUGUUUCUGUCGUCGCAGUUUCAUUAUUUAUCCGGCUGCGUUUAUCACGUAAUGUUUUAAUGAGCCGUCUCUCCCGCCCGACCCACACUCUGAUCUGAAGCCCUCACACCUUGCUGCCGUCGUGCUUGAGCUACAGAAAGAAAAGGAGAGAGGAAGAGAGAGAGAGAGAGAGAGAGACCCACCCCAUGUGUUCCAGACAGAGACAGAAAUACAGUGAGUUGAGAGGAAGAGAAUGUGUUUUUUGUUAGGGAAUCCCCAUCGCUGCUGGGUCGAUGAUGUCAACACACCCACAGCUCACCUCUGUGCUGGUGUUUUCACAUGUUAGGAGACCAAUGGUGCAUGCACGCACACACACACACACACACACACACACACACACACACACACACUACUGCACACCACACCCUUGUAUUAUCAUGAAGAAUCCAAGAUACACUCAUCACCCUCUGACAGUUUUUCCCCUCUAGUAUUCCACUGUAUUAAUCCACUCAGUCUGCUGGAGUCCAGUGUUUCUCUGGAGCCGUUCCGGUUUAACGACUCCUCACAUUUCGACCAAUACGCUGCUGCCAUACGUCAGAGGUCUUUGCGGGUCCACUUGGUUCUGGAUUUCGUCAAUACGUCCACAACAGCCACGUGGAUCUAAACGGACCUAAACUUACGGCUCACUGGAGCUUUGUGCUGAACUGAACCCGAGCUGAUCUUAGGAGAAGUUAUGCUUAAAUAUUAAACAUCUUUUCUUUUUUUAGUAGAACAUUAUUGUUCGUUUGUCGCUCAGUUGGCGACAGAAUGUUUUAUUAUUUCUGCAGCAGGUGGAAAUAAGACUUUAAUUUAUUUAUAAAAAUGUGUCUUUGAAACAUAGAAGCAAAUUAUUUUUACUUUCUCUGACUUCACAUUCAUUCUUAGGAAAUAAUUCUUAUUUUAUCGCUGCAAUUUUCCACUGCAGCAGCUUGUUAAUCAAUCAAAUUCAUCGAUGACCGUCACACUGCACAUUUUGGUUGGUCGUUCUGAUCGAGUGUAAUGAUCCUCGGCUCUGGCUGUUCCCAGGUCCGCCUCGGCUCAGGGGUUCCCACAGGUCCGUUUAGGAUCAGGUCCAUCGUUGUGGACCCGUGAAGACCUGGACCUCACGUACAGAUCGGCCCGACUCUGUUAAAGCUGUCAAAUUCUAGUUUAGUAAAUUGCACUGCGCUGUCAUCGCGCGUCGAUGAAGUUGCCUGUAUUCCCUGUUUUAUCUGAAACUGUAACACUGCUUGCCUAGCAACAAUCUCCAUGGUUGUCAAACUUAGUAAAAAUACGUGGAGUGGAUGAUGUUUACUGGGGCGGUAUUUGAAAAGUAUAUUUUUUGAAGGUAGAGUAUCUAAUCGAACAUGAAAUGCUGCUCAAAGAAGAAAGAAGCCUCGAUACUGGCUCACUGUUGCCAAAUUUAGCUGAGGAUAAUGUGACUCCCCUCCAGUCAGUACUAGAGGUCUGAUGCCCCGGGUCUGUGUUCAGGGGAAGAUCCAGUGACGCAGAUGGAGGAGCUUUUAGUCAGCGGUCCAGCUGCACCUCCGAAACCACAAAUUAAAAGCAUGUCCACAGCUCAGCGCUGGACUCACACGUCGUGUCACCCACGCUCCACAGUCACCUCGUGGAAUGAAGGACUCUGAAUACCACAACUCCCGCCCCCCCCCCCCAACACACACUCACCAGUUACUCACCAGUUCCCACGUAUACGUCCACACGCACAGCACUAACAGCUCUUUGCUGAGAUGCACUUUUGUUUUUUUGUUUUUGUGUUUUUGUGUUUGUUUUUUUGGCCGAGGAGAAACGGGGCAUUUCCAGCUCUGCCCUCAGAACCUCUGCAGACCUGCAGUUACAUGCACAGCCCAUACGCAAAUGUAAUAUAUGUACAUAUAUAUUGAAUUUCCAUAUAUGAAAUAUACAUUUUUAUUUUAUAUGUACAUAUAUGUGAAAGUUCUAUAUGAAACCUAUUAGAAAUUUAUAUAUAGCCUAUACAAAUAUAGACAUUUAUGUAUGUAUGCUUAUAUUGUAGAUGGAUGUGACAUUAAUAUAUAUCCAUCCCAGUCAGUAUACGUUGAUAUUAUAAACCCACAAUGUGUAGACAUCAAUAAGAAAAACAUUUAUAAACAUUUUAACAUGUAUGAUGUUUUAGUAAACUUGCAUAAAUAAAUUAAAUAUUUAAUGUUAACACAUAAUUUUUAACAUAGAAAACAUGUUCUAUGUAAAAAUGAAUCACAGAUUUGUUGAUAUUUGUACAUAUUUACUGGGUAUUUCAUAUGUUAUAAACUCAUAACUUCAUAUAUCCACAGGAUUUAGAUAUGUGAUAAUAAUAUAUCUCCUUAUAGGUCACAUAUAUGUCAUAUGUUACAUUUCUGUAUGGGAGUACACAAAACUGCCCCCCCCCCCCCCUCCCAAAAAAAAGACAGAUUAUUGGGAUACAUUUUGAUGUUUGUAUUUAUUGUGUUUUUGUUUGUUUUUUUGUUUUUUUAAUGAGGGACCGAAGGAUGAGAAGAUGGUCCUCAGAUUUCUAUCAGGACUUUUCCUUCUUGAGCUUGAAACACUGUAAUAUACCCCCACCCCCACCCCCACCCCCACCCCCCCACCGCCUCGCAUCUAUUACUAUAACCUAAGUGUUGUUGGUGGUGCUCACCUGCAUGGCUGAAUCCUCAUUGACUCCUACAGCUCGGCGUCCUCCUCCUUCUUAAUGUAUUGGCCGACACUAAUGGAGCUGCAGUGGUUCGUACAGUACGCUACUAUAGGCCUGUGCAGAUGCCUCGUCUGUGACUGCUUCACCUCCAGGCUGCCAAACGGUCAUAUAAUCUUAAAGGUGUUUGUCCUGUAAUGAUUUGUUUACACGCAAAAAAUGAAUUAAUCGCAAAAAAACAACAAAAAAAAAUCCACUAUUUUUAAAAAAGAAAGAAAUGAUACUCAAGUUAUAUCUGUGGAAAUAAUAGAAUACGAGGAGACAUAGUGAAGUAUUAACCUGAGGAGUGAGAGAAUUCGGAUAUAUUGGUUUACAAUAAAGGAAUGUAUUAAGAGAGAGCAUCACAGUGUUCGCAUCCUCUCCCAGUGUGAAUGUUUAGUCGUUCAAGUAGGACUUUCCCUGGUUUUUUCCACACCCACACCCACACUCUCCCCACUUCACUCUACUGUUUUCUUUCCUACUCUACUUUACAUUCCUGUGCAUCCCGGGACGAUCUAUAGCGCUAUAUCGUUGUGUUUGUGAAAGCUGAAUGUGUCCCUGCAUUUAGAAGCAGAUCCUGUCGAUCUGUUUUUAGCUACUGUUGUUUCCCAGUGUUACUCUCUGCCUCUCUCUCUCUCUCUCUCUCUCUCUCUCUCUCUCUCUCUCUCUCUCUCUCUCUGAGAGACACAGGAGAGUUCAAAGAGAAAGAAAGAGAAAAGAGAGAGAGAUGUACAUCCCCUCCACUCGCUCACUCACUUCUGUAUUUUUCCUGCUUCCUUGUAAAAUCCUGCCAAAUAAAGAUAUUUAAUAAAUUAUGUAAGUUAUAUAACAGUGAGUUCACUACAUGUUCUCCCUCGUGGCAUUGCUGAAUAGUUUACACAUUCUAAGCUUGAAGUCAGAAACUCUAAAUUUGUUUAUGUCAAAGCUUGGUGUGAUAAUAAAGCUUUUUCAUGUGCUCUUA